ACUUCAACACAACUUUAUAUCACCCGCCAGUAGAAUUUUCACGUGACAGUAAGAUAAAAAAAUAAAAAAGGAAAACAAUCUUAAAGACUUCAAGUGUAAAAAAGGUUAUAAAACAGUUUAUGCUUUGUCCGCCAUUUUAAAUCGGAUUUUGUCUGCCUACUUUGGAAAUGGAGAUACAGGUGGCGCAAUGGCGUUUUUCAGCGCGAUAAUUUAAAUUCAAAUGAAGAAUAAAUUUUUUUGAUUAUUAAAUUUUCAAUGACAAUAUUUGGUGCAAAAUUGCAUACAAAAUCAUGGAAUCAACAGCGAUACCAAUUUUAAAAAGAGCUGUGGAGAUGGAUACGAAAGAACAGUAUACACUUGCAUUAAUUUUAUACCAAGAAGGUCUUCAAAUUCUUCUAAAUUCAAUAAAAGAUGUCCAAGACAAAAGUAAACAAGAAUAUCUUCGAAUAAAAGCAAAAGAGUAUAUGGAAAGAGCAGAAAAAAUAAAGAAAUUGAUUGAUGAAGGAAAGGCUUCAGGAAAAUAUAGAGAACAUACAAAAAUUGAAGCAGGAUCAAUUAAACAUGGAUAUGACAGUACUUUUGGCCGUUUCCUAGAUAAUUCUAUUACUUACAUUCUAGUUGAAGACCCAUAUAUUCGUGCUUAUCAUCAAAUUAUGAAUUUCGUUCGUUUUUGUGAGUUAGCUGUAACUAAGUGUCAUUUACUAAAAAAAAUCACUCUAACAACAACUCAAGACUCAGAAAAUCCAAGAAAUCAAAUGACAAGAUUAGAAGAAUUAAAACGAAGUCUACGUGAUCAAUCGAUUACAUUAGAGAUAAAUUUUUCAGAGACAUUACAUGAUCGACAAAUAUCACUAAGUAGUGGUUGGAUAAUCAAAAUUGGCCGAGGACUAGAUUAUUUUAAGGCACCAGAAGGAAAAUUUGUGCUCGGCUCUUGUGAUUUGGAAUUACGGCCAUGUUUAGAGACAACAGUUGAUAUUUUUCACAAGAGUCAUUUAAGAACUUAAAUUUUAAUAAUAAUCAUUACAAAAGUAUUUUUUCAUUUCUUAUGUCAUAUAAUA